GAUGCCGUGGGAGGAGAUGAGGCACAGUGUCGGUGGGAGCACCCUCCUUCCUGGGAGCAUUCCCAGCGGUGGGAGCCGGGCCGAGGCAGGGGGGAUGCCCAGGCUGCAUGGGGCACGUACAGGCUGUGCAGCCUCUUGGGUGGUGUCAGCUCUGGUUUUUGUGGUGGGGUGAUGUGCCCCCAUUGCCCCCGGGAGUGAGCAGGGCUGAGGGCCAGCUGGCCCUGCCCUGGGGACCCGGUGGGCAGGCAAUGGGCAGGUGCCGUUCGGGGCAUUUGUCUUUGCAGAUCCCAACCGUGCGGUGCUGCUGGCGCUGGUGGAAGAGUUUUGGGAGGGAGAUGAUGACAGGCUGAUGAAACCAAUCAAACAAUGAAGUAAUCAUAAAUCCCCGGUGCCGGCGGUGAAGGCGGGAGCAGCUGGAGGCUGGAGGAGCUGAGGUCCUAACGAAACCAUCCCGCUCAGCAGCAGAAAUCCCGGGAGGCCGAAGCACUGAAAGGUGGCCAAGGUCCUGUCACCAGGGCUGAUGGACAGAGACAGCACAGCACAGUGUGGAUGAGGGCGGGGAAAAUCCUGCUGGCAGCUCCGGGGGAGCAGUGCAGAGGGCACGGAGGACAGCAGCAGGAAGGAAGAGUGGUGGCUCCCCAGGAGCUGUUGGAGGAGAGAGUUCUGGUGCUGCUUUGUUUGCUCUUCGCAAAUUUGCCUGCGAAACCUGAAUCCUGGGACCAGAGGCUGAGGAAUCUUGUCACAGGCUGAUAGUCAGGAUGGGAGAUGGAUCCCACAGCGGGAGACACUACGGAUGGGUGUGAGGGGGCCUGACCCUGCCCCACAGCUGGGACAUCCCCACCGGGACAGCAGCUCCUGCCAACUGGGAUCCUGCGCACGGCUGGGCAUUCAUUGGCUUUGCUGAAGACGAUCCUGGUGCUGAGAAGGCUGCUCUAGUCUAGGCAAGGAGCUGGUAUGAGAAUUGUUGGAUACCUUGGAAUUCAGUGCCAAUUCAGUCCCAGAUUGGGGUCACUGGGAAGUCCGAAUUGCUGCAGGUGCUUUGGUGGAGGUUUGGUGCUAGUUCGGGUGGUGUCAGUGGUGCUCCAGCACUUCCCUGCAGAGCCAGCCAGAGAACGUGUAGAUGUGCCCCAUCCAUGGCCUCUUUGGAGGUGGCUGCUCCUCCCAGGCUGCGGGAUGCUGGCAGAGGGGCUGUUCCCAAACUGCUGCCACAGGCUGAUGUCCCUGAGCCACGUGUGACCGACCACUUCCUGGACAUACUCAGCUUAUCCCGAGCGGUUUCGGAUGGUCCUGGGAUGGCACAGGGGUCAAGGAACUCUUUCCCUACAUGUUUUGCUGCUUUUGGCGAGGUGGGAGGCAAUGGCUGGCCGGGGUGGAGGCUGCCCAGCCGUGGCAGGUACCAGUGGCUCCGAGCCCCCGGGAGAUGCUUGUCCUCCCCCCGUGCCUGCAGAGACGGCCUCGUUAGGCGAAGGUGCCUUUGCAAGCCCUCCCUGGGCUCCACUGUGCCACGGCCCCCAGGAAGCACAGCUCAUAUCUGUUAUCUGUUGUGCGGGUCCCAGCGGUGCGGAGGAGAGGAGAGGAUGUCCCUGGAACGGGGUCAGGCAGGAACAGAGGCAGUGGGGUCUGGAAAUGGAGCGGGGCACUGGGAGGCAGCGGCUCCGCUCGGGGCACGGCCAAAGCACCACUGGCCCCUUGCCCCGGGGACACCCCAGCACCAAGGUGGUGUGGGAGGAGGGGGACCAGGAGCAGCAAAGGGCCAACCCCCCUUGGACAUGACUUUGCUGGCUCAGUGGGUAGUUUGGGGAAAAUAGGGGAGGUUUGGGAGCUGGUUAGGGUGUGAAGGGAGGCAGCUUCCUCCUGAUGGGUGCCUUGGCCUCCAGCCUGCUGGGCUUGGAGGGGAGUCAGUGUUACCUGCUAAUAACUAAGGAUUUGGGGAUGGCAAAGGGAGAAAUCAAAGCUCUGCCCAAUACCUACCAAGUGCAGGGACAGAGCAGUGUGGCCUGUGCCCAUCCCACUGCUGCAUGUUUCUCAUUUCUCCCCUCUUUAAAGAGAAAUUGGGGUCUUGCCAAGGCCCUGCCCCUGCCCUGCAUAGGUUUUCCCUUUGUUUUUCCAAUUCCUUUCCCCAGAGAAGCCCAUGGUGCAAGUUCCAUCUCCUGGCCAGGCUCCCAGCCCUGCACUGGGGUCAGCCCAAACCCUUUUCCUCUAACCUCCCUCAAUAAAUGGGUUGUUUUUCUGUCAGUCUCUGAUGCGACCAGAGGGAGUUUUUCCCCCUUUCCCUCUUAAUUUCCAAGCAGCUGCUGCUCCAGCAGCCUCCUCUAGGGGAGCCUGGGGCAGCUCUCCCGGGCGUCCUCUGCUCCUCUCAAUGAGCUCUUAAUGAGUUUGCAAUUAGUUAUCGGCAGAGCCGAUGUGCCCAGGGCUGGGUGUGCAGUGGUGUGGGAUGUGGAGCAGGAUGCAGAGCAGGGCAAAGCAUCUCCUUCUAAGGAUCAGAGUGGGAAUGGUUUGUUAGUGCUGGCCUCAGUACCUGGCAGGAUGCUGGGCUCUGGAUAUGGGAUUAUGUCUUCCUGGGAUUUGCUCUGUGAUGUUGGUGAUGGAGCCGGGAGGUUUGGGAAGAGCAGCAGCAGCUGCCGACGGAGACGAGUGGCUGCCUAUAAAUACCUGCCAGGGAGCAAGGAAGAAGUGGGUGGAUUAUCCUCCUCACUCAAUGAGAUAAAUGGUUCUGAAGCUUAAACACAGAACAAUUUUAGUCUGAAUAGUAGGAGAAACGGUUCAGGAUGCGGAGAUGACGGCAGGAACUGCCUGUGGUGAGCAGCAGGUCCCGCUGCCACGUGGCAGCAGCUUUGCUGCCCCUUUGCCAUUCCCAGGACCCAGAGUGGUGGGGGCCUUUGCCAGGGCUCAGCUGGGACGUGCAUCCUUACUCCCUUCUUGGGAAAGCUCCUUCAGGAACACCCGAAACAACUGAGCUGGGAGAAGGCGGGUUUGGCUUCCUUUGGGCAUGGUGAUCUUCCAGUGUUUAGGGGCAGGACAGGAGCUGGUGCGCUGAGAAAAGGCCCCAUUUUGGCUUUGGUGUCCCGAUCUGGCACGUUGGUGGGCCUGGCCUGGGCGCAGAGGGCAGCCAAAGAUACAAGACCUCAGCCCCAGCUGUGCCAGGCUGGUGGGAUCUCUUGCCGCACUGGCACCAUCAUCUCCCCGUGUCCUGCUGUUCCCCCAUCCCAGCUGUCCCUGUGAGCAUGCAGAGCUGGAAAUGAGCCCUCGCUCCCACCCGCUGCUGCCCCGCUUCGCUGCUCACAUCAAACCCAACAUGUUUUCAAAAGCAUUUCAAUUUUUAAUGAAAACUUCUGUGUUUACGCUUCCCUCGGUCUCGGCACAUUGGUAUUUUGGUCACCGCUGCUGUUGGGUCCCUCCCGGGAUCGCUGAUGGCUCCGUGUUCCCGUUAGCCCUGGCACAGCGGGGUGUGCUGUGCGGAGCCGGCACUGCGGCAGGAUCCCGGCCCCAUCCCUGGAAGCACAUCCCUGUGCCAGCCAUGCAGACCACAGCAGGGACACCGGGCUUGGUGGGAUCUCUGUUUCUCAUGGAUUUUCCUCGUUUGACGGUCAGAGACACCUGGAAACCCCAACAGGUUGAGCCAAGAGGAAAAGCAAACAGCCUUUGACUUGGAAAGCAUUUCCACAACGCAUCAGUCCUUCCCCUCCUCUCUCCCAUCCAACCAACAGGUUUUUUUUCCUCAAAGCCCAACUUCCCUGACGUGAAUAAUUGCAUUUCAACACCGGUUAAUUAAGAGACAUCGAUGAGCGUGAUUGUAAAUCCAAGUGUAGACGGAAUUCUUCUUGCAGGAUGCUGGGGGCUGUUUUCAGUCCUGCCUCCAGCAAGCUGCUGCACUGAUCCACCUCCACCUCCAGCACCCAGACGCUGAGAUGGUGCUCCUCUGCCAGGAGGCCAAUGAAACACUAUGGAGAUGAGCUGCUUUGGAGAUCUUAUGAGUCAAACUGUUACAUUUUUGGAACAUCAUGAUGUUGAAGUUCCUUUUCUAUUUUUUCCCCAACUUCCCAGGGAAAAAAAAUAUAACUAUAAUAAGUGAAGAAGCUGAGCUUUGCUUUGGGAUGAGAGGCAGCAUGGUGCAGGGAAGGAAGGAGGAAGAAGUUGGAGAUCAGUCUCAGCCUUGUUGGGAAAGGGUUGGGUGUGAUCUUGACCCUGGGGGGUUGUGGGUGCUUCAGGGGGUGAUGGAAGAUGAUGCAGCACCCUGAAGACAGUGUGCGCAACCAUGAGCGCGGGUUCGAUUGAGCAGGAGCCGUCGCGCAAGCUGGCCUGCUGCGGGGUGCCCCUCAUCACCGAGGACAUGCAGUCCCUGGCCAUCCGCACCCUCUCAGGCACCGACAUCAGCAAGCACUACGACCUCAUCCGCGAGCUCGGCAAGGGCACCUACGGCAAGGUGGACCUGGUGUCCCACAAAAGCACAGGCACCAAGAUGGCCCUGAAGUUCGUCAACAAGAGCAAGACGAAGCUGAAGAACUUCCUGCGGGAGUUCAGCAUCACCAACACACUCUCCUCCAGCCCCUUCAUCAUCAAGGUCUUUGACGUGGUCUUCGAGACUGAGGACUGCUACGUCUUCGCUCAGGAGUAUGCCCCUGGUGGGGACCUCUUCGACAUCAUCCCGCCGCAGGUGGGGCUCCCCGAGGAGCUGGUGAAGCGCUGUGUGCAGCAGCUGGGCCUGGCCCUCGACUACAUGCACAGCAAGAGCCUGGUGCACCGGGACAUCAAACCGGAGAACGUCCUGCUCUUCGACCGCGACUGCCGCCGCGUCAAACUGGCCGACUUCGGCAUGACCCGCAAGGUGGGCUGCCGGGUCAAGCGCAUCAGUGGCACCAUCCCCUACACGGCGCCCGAGGUGUGCCAGGCCGGCCGGGCCGAGGGCUUUGCUGUGGACACCAGCAUCGAUGUCUGGGCUUUUGGGGUGCUCAUCUUCUGCGUCCUCACCGGCAACUUCCCCUGGGAGGCGGCGGUGGCGUCCGAUGCCUUCUUCGAGGAGUUCGUGCGGUGGCAGAAGGGGCGGCUGGGGGGGCUGCCCUCGCAGUGGCGGCGCUUCACGGACAGCGCCCUGCGCAUGUUCCAGCGCCUGCUGGCCCUCGACCCCGAGAAGCGCUGCCCCGUCAAGGAGGUUUUCUACUUCAUCAAGUGCGACCUGAUGGCCGAGGUGCGGUGCCGGCCCUCCUACCGCUCCCGCAAACACACCAGGGACAAGCUCCCGGCCGGCUCCCACUGCCACGAGGCCGCCGGCUCCUGCACCCCUGCCCCGCUCAAGAGGACCGUCCUGACAGAAGGGAGCGGAGCGCGCGGCCCCGAGUCCAGCGCGGCCGCCCCGGGGACGGCCAGCAGGACAGAUGGACGGCAGGACAAAGGCAAAGGACAGAUGGUCCUGGCCACAGCAAUAGAGAUCUGCGUCUGACGGCGCCGCGGCAGCGGCCGCACGACCCGUCCUGUCCCCCCGCCCCGGCAACAGGGAUGGGAGGAGCUGCUCGUGGUGGAGGCACGAGCCGGGACCAGGCUCUGGGUCUCCCAAAGCAAAAAAAAAGGAAAAGAAACACAAACGAAGAGGAAAAGGACAGAACUGGUUGCGCUCCGUAGCGCCGAGGAUGCCAAUGCCCCCACCCUGCCUGGGUGAGGCCGGCAGCGGGAGCCCAGCCAAGGGCACCGCGUGCUGCCAGGGAGGACAGGGGUGCCCACGGUCCUGCCAUGGCCAUGCUGCCCCUCCAAGGCUUCCCACAGGGUGGCAUGGGGAGAGGUCUCCCAGUACAGGGAGGAAGAGUCGGGAGGGUAGUGGAUGGGAGGUCCGGGGCAGGCAGUGCCCACUGGCUCUCCCCCACCCUGUGCUUGAUCCCUGGACUGGGAGCGGGAAGGCCGAUGACCCCAUACCAUGGAGGAGGCCUUUGGGGAGGUUUGGGUGGGUGAUGAUUUGUCCCCUUCCACCAAUCCCCUCCCCACUGGUGGGGACCGGGAAGGGAUGAGGAGAUGGACACCGGGCUGGUGACGGGGAGCUGGGGGGUUUCAGGCAGCCCAGGACCCCUGGCAACCCCGGCUGCCUCCCUGUGGUGGGAGGUGCUGGCAGCCAUCGAUGUAGCAAGUGUCCCUGUCUGUGUGUCAUUGUGUGUCCCACCACUGCCACUGGCAGCCCCUGCCCCCCCUGCCCUGCCCCACAUGGCCCCAGACCCCACUGGAGGGACAGGUCCCUCCAGCCGGGAGCUGUGCUCCGGGCUGUGGCCCGUGGCCACAGUGCCAUCCAGCAGGUUGGAUGCUCAGGGCCAAGCUGGCUCUGCCAUAGUGGCACCUCUGCAGACUCUCUGUCCCUGGGGACUGGAAGAGGUGGCAGCAGUGCAGCCCCAGGCUGGUCUGCACACCCCGGGAGCAGGGGAGGGGGCUCCGAGCAGCCUCCAGAGAGCCAGCCUGGUUCCCUGUGCUCAUCCCAUCACCCCUCCUCGCUGUCACCCCUUCCCCAAACUCUGUCACUCUCCCCUGGGGCUGGCGGGGAGGAGGCGGUGGGAUGGACCCCCGGGGCUGGCUGCAGCAAGGCAGGGGGCGGUGGCAGGAGCCGCUGGUGGUCCCUUAGUGACAAGGUCACGGGGGUGUGUGUGUGGGGGACACAACUCCCCUCGCGGUUUUGGGCACCCAGCGGAGUGGGGGGCUCACCCGGAGAGGGUGGGGGGCACCCCAAGGCGGCAGCACUCUGGUAUGGUUUGGGCUUCCCUCCCAUCGGGUGGGUGCCGGGGGGGCCCCCUGUGCCCCCCGGCGCCGCAAUUCCCGCACCAAGGGCUAUCCCGCUAUCCAGCAGCAGCAGCAGCAGUUUACAGAGCAGGCGGGCGGACCCCCCGCCCCCGCUGCUGCCCCCGGGCCCCUCCGCCCCCUGCCCGCGGUGCCGGGCCCCGGGCGGCCUUAGAAGUAGCAUUGCCCCUAAGUAGAGACGCUCUAGGCACCGGUUUUUCUCCUUUUUGCCUUAGGUCCCUCGAUGUCCUCAAUCUUUCGUGCAAUAAUGUAGAUAAGGGAUCCCGGCCGCCCCGGGAGGGCUCGGCGGUGCCUCUCUGGGAGGGCUCGGCGGCACCUCCCGGGGGUCUGUCCCGGGGGGGUGCCCCGUGUGAUUUCUGUCCCCAUCGAGGUCGCUGUGUCGGUAGGUUGUCGGGUUUUUAUUUCCAGUUCCCUCAGCUGUCGGGUUUCAGACCUUCUUCCCGUAGGAGAGGCUGUAGUGUCACAGACGUUACCUCAGUUUGUCACUGUUGAAAAGGAUUAAAAAAAACAAAAAACAAA